GGCGGCGGCGCGGCCGGAACGCCGCUGUCCUGGGGGUCGCGCCAGCCAAGGCGGGCAUGGGGCGUCGCAGCUCCUCACUCAGCUUCACGGACCGGCCCUCGGGGCCCUCGAUCGUCACGGGUCGCGUUGUGCCCCGCUGUCCUCCCGCGGGCCGGCCGGGCGAGGAGGGGCCGGCGUCCCGCCUGAGUGCGGCGUUGGCCCCGCGGUGGCUGAGUCACGGAAUGCGAGCCUCCGGGCCGGACUGGAGGCCGGGGGCUGCGAGAGCGCCCGCCGCGCUCGCGGUCGGCAGAGCUGGGGAGCCCGAGAGCGGCGCCUCGGCUCGGGGGAGGCGCGGCCGCGGGCCGGUCCGUGCGGCCGCGGGCGGGUAGUGACGGGUGUGGAAGCGGCGAGGGAGGCGGUGCCCGGAGCCGCCGGGGCCCGGACGUGGACCCCUCGGGCUGCCCUGCCUCGCCGGCCCGCUGGGAGGAGCGGUCUCCGGGGUGCAGGACUGGGUGGGCCACCCUGGCUGGUCCCCGGAGGGACAGCGCGACGCUCUGGAGUAACAGCGAGCGCAGCCGCUGCCGUUGCACUAACUCGCCCCCGCGGCCGUCGCCAUGUGGAGGAAUGCGCUGCUCCCACUGUCCCCACCCGAGGUGUUACAGGAAUCCUGCCGGAAGUUGUUCAGCACUAUGACAAGCAUCUCAUUCAGUCUGGGUAACCUUUAAGUGAAACGUGUUUAAAAUCUCACACACAGGAAAGACUAAUCAACAAUAAGUUUGAGAAGAAUGAUGUUGUCCUUAAACAACCUACAGAACGUCAUCUAUAACCCGAUGAUCCCCUAUGUGGGCACCAUUUCUGAGCAACUGGAUCCUGGAUCUUUGAUUGUAAUUCGUGGGCAUGUUCCUAGUGAUGCAGACAGAUUCCAGGUGGACUUACAGUGCGGUAGCAGCGUAAAACCUCGAGCUGAUGUGGCUUUUCACUUCAACCCUCGUUUCAAAAAGACCAACUGCAUUGUUUGCAACACUCUGAUAAAUGAAAAAUGGGGAUGGGAAGAGAUCACCUAUGACAUGCCCUUCAAAAAGGAAAAAUCGUUUGAAAUUGUGAUUAUGGUGCUGAAGGACAAAUUCCAGGUGGCUGUGAACGGAAAACACAUUCUGCUCUAUGCCCACAGGAUCAGCCCAGAGAAAAUAGACACCCUGGGCAUUUAUGGCCAAGUGAAUGUCCACUCAGUUGGCUUUAGCUUUAGCCUGGAUUUACAGAGUACUCAGACAUCUACUCUGGGACUGACACAGAUAAAUAGAGAAAAUGUACAAAAGUCUGGCAUUUCACAGCUUCCUAGUAAUAGAGAAGGAGACAUUUCUAAAAUCGUACCCAAAACUGUCUACACCAAGAGCAGAGAUUCGGCUGUCAAUCCCACUUUGACUUCCACCAAAAUACUACCUACCAACUCUUUUUCAAAGACUCUGCCAUUUGAAGCAAGGUUGAAUUCCCCCAUGGGCCCUGGACGAACUGUUGUCGUGAAAGGAGAAGUGCAUACAGACGCCAAAGGCUUUAAUGUUGAUCUAGUAUCAGGAAAAUCAAGGGAUAUUGCUCUGCACUUGAACCCACGCCUGAAUAUUAAAGCAUUUGUAAGAAAUUCUUUCCUUCAGGAGGCCUGGGGAGAAGAAGAGAGAAAUAUUACCUGUUUCCCAUUUAGUCCUGGGAUGUACUUUGAGAUGAUAAUUUAUUGUGAUGUUAGAGAAUUCAAGGUUGCAAUAAACGGUGUGCACAGCCUGGAGUACAAGCACAGAUUUAAAGAGCUUGGCCGCAUCGACAUGCUGGCCAUCGAUGGCGAUAUCCACUUACUGGAAGUAAGGAGCUGGUAGCUGCUGCCGCUGCUACAAAACCCAAAAUACAAAUGGCUUAUGUGAUACUGGCCAUGUCAAACACAUCUGGCUGUCGCUGCACUGUUUCUGUUGUUAAGUUGAGCUUGCACAGCAUAAGUCCUCCUGGAUGUUCUCAGUCUUUGCCAUGCAUUGUGGCUCCCUAGCACCGGAGGAGGAAACUGGGGGCAACAGCAGCUUAUCACAGUAGGGUGGUUCUGUUCUCUGCUCCUGGACUCCUCUUAAAACUACAGUCAGCAAGUGUUGAUUAAGUGCCUACUGUAAUACAGUUGCUAACAGGUACUGAGCAUAUUUUUCCGGUCAUCAGUGUGUUAGGCGCUGGGAUGUAUGCACGGUGGGCACAGGACCAGCCGUUGCCUGCCUUCUGCCAUGUGCAGGCUUCUGAGGACACUGUGUUAACUUUCCAGGGGUCCUUUGGGGCUAAGGGCUGUGCUCCUGUUAAGUCACUAGAACACUAAUUUACAGAAGCCACUACCCCUCCCCAGCAGUGGCUUUCACAGUCAGUCCUGUCCUAUCCCGUGAUCAUGGACUGAUGCUAACUUUCAUCUGGCAAGUGAUCUUUAGCUUAAUGAACACCCAGCUGUCCUCACUAAAGCUUCACCAAAUAACACUAUGUUAUCUGAACGCAAAGAAAAACUAAGGCAAAAAUCAAAGCAAAACAAAAACCAAAUGAUGCCAACAUUAGCUUGUCGCCAGACUCGAGGUAGCCCAUCUGUCUCCGUGAAGAGCCAGAGUGCGCCUGUGGCAAGUCAGGUACAGGCCACAUAAGUCUGAGUAAAAUACCUGUGGGUAACAGUAAUGUCAAGAUGAGACCUAGUGUGUCAUUUAUAAAACAGGCACUACCAGAAAGCAGAAUCUACCUGAGAGGACCAGUGAAUUAGGUAAAGGGAACAUGAAAUGUUUUGCUGGCAUGUAAACCAGCACUCGCCUUUGCUCUUCUAAAGAUUAGUCCAUCAUUAGCAAUUGAGAUCAAAACAUUGUUCUGCUUAAGUGAUUAAAAUCAAACCUGUGUCAGCAAGUUCAACUGUUGCCUUUCUGUAGUUUUUCCAUCAUUUGAAGGUAGUUGGCAGAAGUUCUAUGUACAGUCUUCACAGGUCAGAUCUUGUUAUGGGAGAUUUCAAAGAUUUGGGUGUAGAGAGGAAGUAGCUAAAAUCGGUCAGAUCGCUUUAUCAUUCUGCUAGACAGAAUUCUGCCAGGGUUUAGAAAUAGUUUUUUAAUAUUAAAAAAAAAGAAAAGAAAUAGUUUUUUAACAGAUUUGGUUAAUCACUUGUAUCCACAUAUUAAAAAGAAUACUAUUAUCAAAUUUUUAAAAUAGUAAUGCUGAGUCUUGCCAAACUCAAGAAUCAAGAAGACUUGGGGAGCAGGGGAAGUUGCAGAGAGCUAGAAGGCUCUAGAAUCCCCCAGGGUUACAGGGUUCUUUAUUUUCAUAAAGAACAUCAGAGUGCAUGACAGAUACUGGAGACUGAAAUGUACUUAAAAAAAAAAAAAAAAGCCCAUUCCUAUUGUUCCCAGUAAGUCUUAAAAAGUUCAUUUUUGUUUUACACGGAACUAGUAAGGCUGAUUUUUUGAUACAAGAAAUACAAAAUCUUAAGAUUCUUUUUUAAAAAAGCAUGUUUACUAAUAAACUUUAUCAAGACAGGACAUUUCUUAGAGGAAUCUGCAUCUCUAGCAAGUUUAUCACUGAACUGAAAGUUGGCCUUUUGCUUGUCAAUUCUGAACUAAAAUUUCUAUAUUAGAUUAGAUCAAACUGGGCCUGGUGGUGAACACUAAUCCCACUGCUCAGGAGUCUGAGGCAGGAAGGAUCACAAGUUCAGAGCCAGCCUUAGCAGCUUAGCAAGACUGUCUCAAUAUUAAAAACAAAAAUACAGGCUGAGGAUGUGGCCCUGUGGUUAAGCACCCCUGGGUUGAAUCCCUGGUAUCAAAUUUUUUUUAAAAAAUUAGAUCAAAGACUUUUACAUUCAGUGUAAACAGAAUGCUACACAGUGACGGAACAGUUCCUCACUGCUUUAAAAACAAGGCAGAUUUGUUUGAUUUUAGCUGAGCACUCACUUUUCAGCUUUACCACGACUUGGCACUGGAGACAGAACGUUAAAGUCUGGAAAAAAAUGUGCUGCUAUUCUGAGUCGACCAUCAAGGGAAAGGUGGUGUGUGUGAUUGUGGAAGGGACUCCCUCAUGCCGUCCUGUGUGUCCGGGUCCUUCCUGUGUGACCGGCCAGGUGUGGGGUGUUUUAUAAACAUGGUAUUGCUGCCUCCCCCUCCCUUCCCCAAAAGGGUUAAAGGGCAAAGGAGGCAGUCAUAGUCACUUGAGUAAAAAAUGCAUCCCAGAACUGCUUCCCUACAUGGGCUGGAUUGUCAGUCCCCCCAAACUGGCUUUCAUCAGAGCGUUCCUGUUGAACACAACAGUGAGAGUGAAUCUCCAGUAGGGGCACCGUGAACAUGACACAGCCAUGCGGAACAGCGAGGGCUUCCAGAUCUAAGGGAGCUGUCAGCUCUGGAUGCUAAAGCAAAACACGCAUGCCACAUUAACAACUCCAUUCAGAGACCACAAGAAGAGCUUAUACCGUGAAUCAUUUACUCUAGCACUAUACAGCUGGAGGGGAGGCUUGUGUGCAGCACAGGGCAGGCAGGGACUCUGCAAAGUGGUCAGUAAGGGCCGUAGGUAGUCCCAGUAGGUGUGAAAGCACCAAAAGUAACAUGGCACUAAACACCCAAAAUAAAAAUAGGAACUCUCAGCAGAGUAUUAAACACCAAGGCAAUUUCAGAAGUAGCUCUGGAGCGGCUCUCCCAGCGUGACUUCCAACUGCUGAAUGGUCUUUUGGCACUGGUGUUCUACUUCUUCACAUUCAUCUAAAAUAAAAUAUCAAAAUUAAAUCUGGGUCCAUUGGUUGUCCUGCCUCAGUUACCGGCCUGUUCUCUAGCAGUUGCUCCCUGGGGAUGAAGAAGUGCAGUGGUGGCCAGGACAUGUGCACACUCCCCUCUGCCUUCACUCUCCUAGAGGAGAGCACUGAACAGGAUGGAGUAGAGCAGGCACAUCCGGACUCCAAAUCCAAGGCAAUGCUGCUCCUACAAGUUCACACAGCCCCUCUCCAGGGGUAAGUUGCAGAGCAAGAUGCUCUUCUGCUCAGGAAAGCAGUGAGUGAGUGUGCAAGAACCAGUCCCCUUGCCCAGCAUCCCUGCCUAACAGAAAGGGCCACGAGGGGUGCGGUGCACAAGGUGUGGGAUACACCUGGCUUCGUAAACAGCUGCACCUGCACUGGCUGUUUCCACCAUCAACCUACUUAGGUCUUACAAGCCUCUAGUUUCUUCCUUUAUAAAAUAGGGACAAUGGUGUUUACCCCCCAUGAGGACGAAGGUAUCUGUGUAGGGCACCUAACACUGAGUAGCCAAGUGCCAGUCACCAUUCAAAUGGACAUGAGACUACAUCCUUAAUGGCCCUAGAUGUUCCCACAUCUGGAGACCAAAUAUUCAGCCAUAUAAAUGUAUGAGGUGAAUGAAAAGUCAGUCUGAGCACAAAGAAACAAGGGUAAAGACAGUGACAAGUCACUGUAGACAGAAUGAGCGAGGGGUGAUGGCUUCCUGACUCUUGCCCCAUCACCUGCCCAUACUCACAUCUGGGAGUGGGGCAGAGGACUGGACCCGCUGCUAACCACAUUAGAUCCAAGUUUGCAUCAGCACUGGGCACAUUUCCACAGAAUUUUACUGUAAAUAUUUAGUUAUAGUUUGGGACCUACCUUCCAUCAAUUCUGCUAAGAAAGGAAUGGAUUCUGGUAGCAAAAUGAUAUAAUUCUCCUUCAACUUUUCAGCUAGGGCUAACACAGUAAUCAAGGCAGCAAACCGGACCUGACAGGGAUAAAAAGAAUAAAAAAGUAGUUUUACCCUUUGUUCACUGCUAUAUAUAUUUAGUAUAUUACAAUCUAGUCUGACUUGAGACAAGCUCUUUUCAAACUAAGUCUUACUUUACUUGCAUUUAUUUACUUCAUUAUUACACAUUAAUGUUAUUCUUUUAUUUUUAGAUUACCAGUUUAACUACUUGGGGUCUGUUUGGAAUAUGGGUAAUUAAUUGUACAAAUCAGUUUUUAGAACUGUGUUUCAACACUGCUGUUCUUUAAUGUGAAUGUCUUUUUACGAUAUUUUUCUUUAAAAAAAUAGUAAAAUGCUACUUGCAAACUCAA